AUGCAGUCUAACCUCUUAUCCACCUUUGCUCUCUUGCUUUUGGGUUACUUCUCUCAUGAAGUGGCUGCAAACUCUGGCUAUAUAGCAAGCUGCAAUUCGCCGAGCCUCCUCGCACCUACUUCAAAUGUGCCUCACUGGGAUCUUGUUGCCAAUUGCGAAAUAGCGCCUGGUCAAAUUUAUGAUUUAGCCGUUGUGGUUAAUCUUGGUUCGUGCUUUGGCAACUCGAAUGGAAAACUUGUCGGCCAGCUGAAGGGUUCUUUUGGCACAUCCUGCAAGGAUAUAGGCCUAGAAGAUACUACUGUCCUGCAUGCCAAUUGUGCAAAUGACGAAGGAACAUAUGUUGCUACUUCAAUUGAUACAAACAACUGGAUCGGGAAUGCCGGUGGCCAUUUGUAUUGUUUUAACCAGAAUGGUGAGUCCUAG